CACCGCGCCCGGGAGCGAAUCCCGAGUCCGCCCGGAACCGCCUCGCCGCGUGGCCCGGGGCGGCGUCUCCCCUGCGCGUUCUCGGCUUCCCGGCGGCUGCGGCGAUGCCGGCCCUGGGGCUGGAGCGGGGAUUCAGGAAGCGGCGACCGGUGCCCGCUCCGAGUGGCGGCGCCCGGGAGGGAGAAGCCGGGUCCCCGCCGCGCCUCCGCCGCGCCUCCGCCGCGCGUUCCCGCCGCUGCGCCCUCGUGGGCGGCCCGGACGGCUCAGCCAUUGGCUGUGGGGUGAGGCCGCGAGCCCCGCCCUUCCCUCUGCGUCGGGGGCGGCCCGGGCGGAUGAAUGAAGCGGCGCGGGCGGCCGGGCGGUCAGAGCGUGGAGCGCAGCACGGCGGCCGGGCCUCGGGACGGGGACGGACUCACAGGCCCCUCGGACCAGACGUUCUUCUCAGGACUCACCAGCCCCUCGGAUACCACUUGGCCACGCCCGCUGUGUGGCUGAAGCCUGGAGGUCCCCACACAGAGGCACGGAGAUGCCCCUGCACCCGCUGGGGGACAAGCCCUUUGUCCGGGGGCCACCACUCACCUUCCCCAGCCCCACUUCAGCCAUGGAAAACGGAUUUGACCACACCCCGGCCGGCAGGAGGGCGCCCCUGGCCACGGCCCUGAGCCCCGGCUCCCUGCACUCCGCUGCCCACAGCCCCCUGGACACCAGCAGCCAGUCCCUCUGCCAGCCCCGGGCCGAGAAGCGCGGCGCCCGGGGGGCCCACGAGGCACGGUACGUCUCGGCCAGGCAGAGCGCGGUGUGCGGCUGGUGGGCCUUCGCGCCACGGUGCCUGCAGGUCCUCAACACGGCCAAGGGUGUCCUGUUCUUCCUCUGCGCGGCUGCCUUCCUGCAGGGCAUGACCGUCAACGGCAUCAUCAACACGGUCAUCACCUCGCUGGAGCGGCGCUACGACCUGCACAGCUACCAGAGCGGGCUCAUCGCCAGCUCCUACGACAUCGCGGCCUGCGCCUGCCUCACCUUCGUCAGCUACUUCGGGGGCGCCGGGCACAAGCCGCGCUGGCUGGGCUGGGGCGUGCUGGUCAUGGGCGUGGGCUCGCUGGUCUUCGCGCUGCCGCACUUCACGGCCGGCCACUACGAGGUGGCGGCGGACGCGGGAGUCAGGACGUGCCCCGCCGACCCCGGCGCAGUGUGUGCCAGCAGUGCCUCGGCUCUGUCCCGCUACCAGCUGGUCUUCAUGCUGGGCCAGUUCCUGCACGGCGUGGGCGCCACACCACUCUACACGCUGGGCGUCACCUACCUGGAUGAGAACGUCAAGUCCAGCUACUCACCUGUCUACAUCGCCAUCUUCUACACGGCGGCCAUCCUGGGCCCCGCAGCUGGCUACCUGAUCGGAGGCGCCCUGCUGAACAUCCACACGGACGUGGGCCGACGGACGGAGCUGACCACUGACAGUCCACUGUGGGUGGGCGCCUGGUGGGUUGGCUUCCUGGGCUCCGGGGCCGCCGCCUUCCUGAUCGCCGUGCCCAUCCUCGGCUACCCGAGGCAGCUGCCAGGCUCCCAGCGCUACGUGGUCGUGAGAGCGGCAGAAGUGCAGCAGCUGAAGGCCGGCAGCCGCAGGGCAGGCAGCAGCCCGGGGUUCGGGGCCAGCCUCAGAGACCUGCCUCGCUCCAUCUGGCUCCUCCUGAAGAACCCCACAUUCAUCCUGCUCUGCCUGGCUGGGGCCACUGAGGCCACACUCAUCACCGGCAUGUCCACAUUCAGCCCCAAAUUCCUGGAGUCCCAGUUCAGCCUGAGUGCCUCAGAAGCUGCCACCUUGUUUGGGUACCUGGUGGUGCCGGCGGGCGGUGGCGGCACCUUCCUGGGCGGCUUCUUCGUGAACAAGCUGAGGCUCCGGGGCUCCGCGGUGGUCAAGUUCUGCCUGCUCUGCGCUCUCGUCAGCCUGCUGGGCAUCCUCGUCUUCUCCCUGCACUGCCCCGGCGUGCCCAUGGCGGGCGUCACGGCCAGCUACGGCGGGAGCCUCCUUCCCGAAGGCCACCUGAACCUAACGGCUCCCUGCAACGCCGCCUGCAGCUGCCGGCCAGAGCACUACAGCCCCGUGUGCGGCUCCGACGGCCGCGGGUACUUCUCGCCGUGCCACGCGGGGUGCCCUGCGGCCGCCCAGACCAGCGCGGAUGGCCAGAAGGUGUACCGAGACUGUAGCUGUGUCCCUCAGAACCUUUCCUCUGGUUUGGGCCAUGCCACUGCAGGGAAAUGCACCUCAACUUGUCAGAGAAAGCCCCUCCUUCUGGUUUUCAUAUUCGUUGUAAUUAUGUUUACAUUCCUCAGCAGCAUUCCUGCGCUAACAGCGACUCUACGGUGUGUCUGUGACCCUCAGAGAUCCUUUGCCCUGGGAAUCCAGUGGAUUGUGGUCAGAAUACUAGGGGGCAUCCCGGGGCCCAUCGUCUUCGGCUGGGUGAUCGACAAGGCCUGCCUGCUGUGGCAGGACCAGUGUGGCCAGCCGGGCUCCUGCCUGGUGUACCGGAACUCCGACAUGAGCCACUACAUACUCAUCAUCGGGCUCCUGUACAAGGCUUGGGAGUGGUGACAUCUGGGGAGACCCAAAGGCAUGUACACGUCAGGAAAUUCACGAAAUGACUUCGUAAGACAUAACCGUGCCCAGCGUGUGCAGGCCGUCCACACCACGGCCUGUUAGUCGCUUCGCAGCCAGCCUGGUCACCACACCCCCAUCAUCGUAUCGCAGUGCCGUGUUCCAGCCGCACCCAUUUUGCCUAAUCAUGGCCGCAAAACGCCAGAGCGUUGACGCCACCAUUCAGCUCCGCCAACGGGAAGCUGGAGGUGCUUCCUUCAGUGAGAAGCUGUGGUUUCUUGGCUGGGCUCAGUGCCACACUUGACUCACGGGUCCACAGGGGUCUCAGUGUCUGCGGAUGAGGGGUCUGCGGUACGUUCCCAGGGAGCCGCCCAAGAGUCUGCUGUGUUGAGUGCAUCCCCCAGCCGGGAGCAGCAGGCAUGGGCCCUGCACACAGCCACCCCCGGGCCCAGCACAGCCAGCGGGAGCCGUGUCCAGAGGGUCAGAGCUGGCCUCAGCCACGCAUGCGUCCAUGUUCAUUUUAGCAGGGAGCACACAGUGUCUCCUAUAAACCCCUACACGUUCCGCUUCGUCCAGUGCCGAGUCAAAACAGCCUCCCUCCACGAAUGCAGCCUCAGGGCCGUCAGUCAGGCUGACGCUGCUGGAGGCACCAUGGGUGUUUCUGGGCCACGCCCAGCGUGGAAACUGUAGUGGUGCAUGUGCCCUCUGCAUGUGCAUGGUGGCAGCAUCCGAGCUCAGACCGCGCUGUCUUCGGGGCCCACAUGGGAUUCCUGCCACGUCAUCCUCGUGCAAGGUCAAUGCGGCCCCUGGUUGCUGACAAAGAAACCAAGACACUGAUGGUUAAGAACUAACCAUCGUGACGGCGCCAGGGCAACCAGCUCUGUGUGAGGUUCCUGUGGCCGCCACAACAAGGGACCGCAAAUGGGUGGCCUAACCUGGCAGAACCAGAUUCACUGGCAGGGCUGGCGCCAGAAGUCAGAAUCAAGGUGGGGGCAGGGCUGGCUCCUCCCGGGCUCCGGCUCUGCCUGCAGCUGCACGUGGCCUUUCCCUCCGUGUCCCUGCCUCAAGCCUCCUCUCCUUUCUCUCCUGAGGACACCAAUCAUUGGAUCUGGGGCCCUCAGAUCCAGGAUGAUCUCAUCUCAAAUCCUUAAUUACAGCUGCAAACACCCUGUUUCCAAAAAAGGUCCCAUUCACAGGUGUCGGGUGCUGUUCAACCCAUGACAAGCCCCCAGUCCUGGGCCUCUGUUUGCAGUCAAAGGCAUGUUUCACUGUCUCCUUAACACUGGUGUCUGCUCUAGGAACCGGUUAUAUGGGAAAGGUACCCUCAGAGCAGGUUGGGUUCCGUGGACCUGGUGAGGGCCCUGCAGGCCAGGGGACAGAGACAGGACUGAGACAGGCCCCCAGUGUCCAGAGGUUCCGGCCGGGCUCCCCACGAGGUCAGCGGGCUCCUCCUCUCUCCGCAGGUACUGGGCUCCCUCUUCUUUGCUACAGCCUACUUCCUAUAUAAGCCUCUGUCGGGGUCUUCAG